AUGCGUAUCUACGCGCCCAGCCGCAUGCAGUCUGUCAAGGACCUGCCGGGCCAGACGACGCUCAAGUUCCGCCAGCCGGGGCAGAACACGAGCGAAGAGCUGCUGCAGGGCGACCUGCGCAGCAAGCUGGAGGAGAAGGAGCGCAAGCACUACCUCAAAACCAAGAGCGCCAACUUUGAGGAGGAGCGCGAGGAGGAUCUGCGGCUACUAGAGAGGGCGCCAGACGGCGGCGGCGGCGGCGGGCGCACGCUGGUGCCCAAGGCCGCGGACGCAGACGACGAGGAUGACGCAGACGACAGCGACAGCAGCAGCGAGGAUGAGGUGGACCCCAGCUUUGCGCUCAAGCGGAGAUGGGACGACGACGUGGUGUUCAGGAACCAGACGCGGGGCGAGCCCAAGGCCACCAAGCGCUUCAUCAACGACACCAUACGCAACGACUUCCACCGCCGCUUCCUGGACCGAUACGUGCGCUAG